GCACCGGCAAGUCUAGGUCCACUCUAUCUGUCUGUAUCUGUCAACUUCGCCAUGGACGCCGGGUCCAAAUCCUCCUCAAUUGCAAGUCUUCAUCACUCAUUAUAAUCUCCCCCAACUUGUGCUGCCAGGUGUAGAGCUAGCUCGUCUUCGCCAUGGAUGCCGGCUCCAAAUCCUCGUCGUCGGGGCCGCUGCACCUUGUGAUCUUCCCAUGGCUCGCGUUCGGCCACCUGCUCCCUUACCUCGAGCUCGCGGAGCGCGUGGCGUCGCGCGGCCACCGCGUGUCCUUCGUCUCCACGCCGCGCAACAUCGCGCGCCUCCCGCCGGUGCGCCCCGCCGCCGCGGCGCGCGUCGACCUCGUGGCGCUGCCGCUCCCGCGCGUCGACGGCCUCCCCGACGGCGCCGAGUGCACCAACGAUGUCCCCUCCGGCAAGUUCGACCUCCUCUGGAAGGCCUUCGACGCCCUCGCCGCGCCGUUCGCGGAGUUCUUGGGCGCGGCGUGCCGCGACGCCGGCGACGGCGAGAGGAGGCCUGAUUGGAUCAUCGCCGACACGUUCCACCACUGGGCGCCCCUCGUCGCGCUACAGCACAAGGUGCCAUGCGCGAUGCUUCUCCCGAGCGCCUCCAUGAUGGUCGGAUGGGCCAUCCGGUCGUCGGAGCCAGCCGGCGCCUCCAUGUUCGAGGUGCUCGGCGCCGUAGAAGAACGCCGGAUGGACAUGCCAUGCUACGAGUGGGAGCAGAAGGCAGCUCUUUUCGUCGCCGAUGGCGCGUCGGGCAUGUCCAUCAUGAAGCGCUGCUCCUUGGCGAUGGAGAGGUGCACGGUGGCGGCCAUGCGGAGCUGCCCGGAGUGGGAGCCCGAGGCGUUCCAGCAGGUGGCGGCGGGCCUGAAGAAGAAGAACAAGCCGCUCAUCCCCCUCGGCCUCGUGCCGCCGUCGCCCGACGGAGGCCGCCGCCGUGCUGGCAGCAUGUCGACGGACAACUCCACUAUGCAGUGGCUGGACGCGCAGCCGGCGAAGUCGGUGGUGUACGUGGCGCUGGGGAGCGAGGUGCCGCUGCGACUGGAGCAGGUGCACGAGCUGGCUCUCGGGCUGGAGCUCGCCGGGACACGGUUUCUGUGGGCGCUGAGGAAGCACGCCGGCGUGGAUGCCGCCGACGACGUGCUCCCUCCGGGUUACCGGGAACGGACGAACGGCCAUGGACAUGUCGCCAUGGGGUGGGUACCGCAGAUCGCCAUACUGGCGCACGCCGCGGUGGGCGCGUUCUUGACGCACUGCGGCCGCAACUCGCUCGUCGAGGGGCUCAUGUUUGGGAACCCUCUCAUCAUGUUGCCCAUCUUCACGGACCAAGGGCCGAACGCGCGGCUCAUGGAGGGUAACAAGGUAGGGUUGCAGGUGAGGCGGGAUGACACGGACGGGUCGUUCGACCGCCAUGGCGUCGCAGCCGCGGUCCGGGCCGUCAUGGUGGAGGAAGAAACCAGGAGGGUGUUCGUAGCAAACGCCCUCAGGAUGCAAAAGAUUGUCACUGACAAGGAACUCCAUGAGAGGUACAUCGACGACUUUAUACAGCAGCUUGUUUCUCACGUCGCGGAUAGCAGCUGCAAUAUUGCCACACCAGUUCCUUCCAGUUCUAGCUGAGAUUAUUUCUCUGUUGCUGUAAUUCUUGUCGUAAUGGCUACGCGCACCUCAUGUUGAUGUAAAGAAUGUGGGUAACACUACCCUUUACAUCACUCUAUCUUCCUUGUCCCAUGCAUUGUUUACUCCAAUAAUUAUUAACUUUUCAAGUUUCACUCAAA